AUGGUCACGACUCCAUACACAUCUUCCCCAAGAAGUAGUCUGAAAUCCUCAACCACUUCGCUGCGCUCCAUACGAACGCAGUCUGACCGUUUGGGCCCCAACGAGCUAAAGCAUAAGCCAACUAAAUCCUGGUCCUUAUGGGGUAAUAGCGAAGAAGGAGGGCCAGGUCCUUCCAAAGAAACUCAAGGGGAGGGAACCCGUGAUAGUGGCUGUCAGGUAGCUGCUUCUGUUGUAAAGAAGGGCAACGGCUUGCACGGGAACCAACACUCGACGAUCAUAAAAGAAACUGGCAAGGUUGAGGAAGGUGAGAACAACAAGAAUAACAACGAAGUAACCAACGAAACAAAUGCGAAAGCAAGAACUACUGCAAAAACUAGAACGUGGCCAUUCUUUUGGGGCCAAAGCAAAAAGGAUCCAGAGCCAACGCACAACAUUCCUACUGAUGGGGAUGCUAGCACCUUAUCACGUCUAGCAAAUAGCUUAAAUCCUGCUCCUCUAACCAACACUUAUAUACCAUUCAAACCGGACGCCAUACUGAUUAAGGAGGAAAAUGUCAAAACAACUAAAAAGUUGACUGAUGAUAUAGGAAAUCAAUUUCCCAACAUUGUGGUACCGAGUUUUGAUAUUUUGCCUAAACAAACAAUAUGGAACGCCAUUACAUCAACCGUUCAAAAGUGGAAGACCGAAUACUGGGAUAGCAGACCUCUACAAAAACAAGAUUCGUCAAGGGUACGAAAGGAGGAAGAAGGGGCUCAACACCCACAGGAUCAGUUGAAAGAGGAAACGAAUUCAGCGGCAAAAGAGGCAAAAGAUGAUGAGCUUCACCAGCAUACCAGAGAAACUUUGUAUAGAGUAGACCCAUGGAAGAAAAUCAAUCUUUUAUCGGAUUACCAAUCCAGACCUAUUAGAGUCCUUAUUGUCGGUGUUCAUGGGUUCUUUCCAACAAAAAUCAUCAGACCGUUUAUUGGUGAGCCGACAGGUACGUCCACCAAGUUUGUUACAGAAGCUGAGGAAAUAGUGAAAGACUAUUUUGCCCAGCACAAUGUACCUAUUGAAAUAAAUAAGAUUGCUCUAGAAAGAGAAGGGGAGAUCUUUGACAGAGUAGAUUUUUUCUAUGAAGUUAUGAAACAUUGGAGCAAAGAAAUUAAUAAUUCGGACUUCAUUUAUUUUGUAAGUCAUUCCCAAGGUUGUCCAGUUACCAUUAUGCUUUUGGCCAAGCUGAUAAAAAAUGGUAUAAUAAACCUUGAUAAUUCCCAGUUUUUCAAUGAUGAAAUUCAGUUUUGCUCGUCGAAAAAAGUCAUAUCGAUCUUGGCUAUGGCAGGAAUCAAUAAUGGUCCAUUCUAUGGGGCCGAUCAAACUUUAUUCGUUCGUGCUUACCAAACCAUCGAGAAAGACUCCUUGAGAGAGCUAUUUGAAUUUCAGAAGUUCGAUUCUAAGCAAUCGCAAAGUCUCAUAGAGGGGCUAAGAACAAUUAUAUCGAGUAAUGUGAAAAUUACAUUCGUGGGGUCUAUUAAUGAUCAACUGGUACCCCUGUAUUCAUCCAUAUGUCUUUUCGCGAAUCAUCCUAAUAUAUUUCGAGCAAUUUUUAUAGAUAAAGGUUCGCAGACACCAGCAUUCAUCACUCGGAUAGUUAAGAUAGCCGGUUCUUUAUUGGACUUGGGUUAUAACGAUCAUGGAAUUAUUAAGGAAAUAAGCGGAUCUUUGGCGGGCACCUUAACCGGAGGUGGUCAUUCCACCAUUUAUAACGAGAAACAAGUCUACCACUUGGGUAUCAAAUUUGCAUUAGAAACAACCGAUUUGUCAGAAAUAUCUCCCGUUGAAUACUCACCAUAUAAACUGUCUGAAUUAGGAGCUAAUCCGUAUCGAUUGCCAUGGUGUAUGAGAGGAUUAAUGUACGAAUCCAAUAAGCAUUUCGAUAAUGAAGAAAUUAAAAUGUUAUUCAAGGAGUUUGAAGAAUGGGAACCGGAAACCAAACAAUUGAAAGAUAUAAAAAACAGACUUAACGGUUUGAAAUAUCGACUUUGA